CAGGCACAGACAGACAUAGACACUCACUCGCUUCCUCGGGGCUCAUAGUUGCUGUUGUAGAUCACGAGGUUCCCCUGCUGUUAGAACUACCACCGCAUUUUUUGCGAAUACAUAGGCCCGGCCUCCCGAACUCAAGAUGCCUACCAUGUGGCUUUCAGAUACCCAGAAGAUCGGGGUCGCCUUCUGCUCAGGAGGCGGCCUCUUUCUCAUGGGCGGCGUAAUGAUGUUUUUUGAUCGCGCCAUGCUGGCCAUGGGCAACAUCCUCUUCCUCAUCGGCCUGACCCUCAUAAUCGGCACGCAGAAGACGCUCGCCUUCUUCGCGCGGCGGCAGAAGUGGAAAGGCACCGCCGCGUUCGCGCUGGGCAUCACGCUGAUCCUGAUGCGCUGGGCCUUCUUCGGCUUCCUGAUCGAGCUGUACGGCAUCCUGGUGCUGUUUGGCGACUUCUUCGCCACGAUCGCCGGGUUCGCGGGCGGCAUCCCCAUCGUGGGGCCGUACAUCGCGAAGGCGCUGAAUAGCCUGGGCGGCGCGAGUGCGGCCGCGAACGGCGAGAGCGUGUGAGCGCGUAGACGUCGCGGGGAACCAGACUCGGCGCGAACUGCACGGAUCGGCGCGGCGCGGGACAGGGCGCGCGCGACGCUCGCAGGCAGUGUAUUGUAUACUACGGACUGGGCAGGCGUUCGGCGCGCCAUUGCACACGAUACCACACGAAGCGACGACAGGGCAUGUAUGUACUUAAUUACCACACCUGCACACUCCACCCGCAGCGCCAUGUACCCGCGCCACCCCCCACCCACCCCAAA